AUGACGACGGUAUUGUGUGAUGUAUGCGGAAUAAAAGAGUUCAAGUACAAGUGUCCAAGAUGUCUGGUGCAAACCUGCUCCCUGGAAUGCUCAAAGAAGCAUAAGACGAGGGACAAUUGUUCAGGUCAAACACAUGAUCCGAAGGAGUAUAUAUCGAGUGAGGCAUUGAAACAGGCGGACGAUGAGGAACACGAACGAAAUACGUAUGUGCAGAGAGACUACAACUAUUUGACACAGUUGAAGCGAAUGGUGAAUGUGCAGAAGAUGGAUGCUAGAAUGAAGAACAAGCGAGUUCUAGGGCCUGCGGGCCAUAACGCCAAUUUGAAAAGGAGAAGAUACGAUAUGGGUGAGGGCGAUUGUGAUAGCACGGAGUGUCAGAGGAUAAUCAGAAGGGGGGUGAACUGUUUGAUGCUGCCUAAGGGGAUGCAGCGAUCGUCGCAAAACAGAAGCAAAUGGGACAAGACAAUGGACCUGUUUGUAUGGAGCGUGGAGUGGAUUCUGUGUCCUAUGCAAGAACAGGGCGAGAAGAAGGAGGUUUUCAAACAUGUCAGUCACCGGAUCAAAGAGACAGACUUUUUGGUGCAAGGGAUGGGCAAGAACGUUUUCCAAAAAUGCUGUGAAUUCUAUCACUUGGCUGGAACAAACUCUUGCGAAGAGGGCGAAGAUGGUUCAGAGACCAAAGAAGAAAGAACGCAGAUCCUGCAGAAGAGUGGACUCAAAUUCUACACGAAAUCGUUUCCUUACAAUACCACGCAUAUAAUGGAUUCCAAAAAACUGGUGGAAUUGACGAUUCAUGAGAAAUGCAUUGGAGAAUUGUUGAAAAACACUACAGUGAUCGAGUUCCCCACGAUAUUCAUUGCCAUGACGGAGGCCGACCUACCAGAGGGCUACAAGGUGCUGCAUCAAGAACCACGCCAAGUGGAGCAUACAAACACACUGAACAAGUUCAUCGACGAUGUAAGGGAGGAGGAAGACGCUGAAGAGGACUCCCAACCAACAGAGGAGCCUGUGAAGAAGGAAGCACCAAACGCCAGUAAUAAUAGUGACAGUGACAGCGACAGUGAUGACGACUACAAUCCGGGCUUAUCCAUGGAUUUCCUCACCGCAUGA